GUUUUUUGUUGAAAACAUGAUAAAAUACGUUGCAUCAAUUUUUCUAUUCAUCGGUAUUUCCUAUGCAUCCUAUGGUGGCAAUAAUAAUGGCGGUUAUUCAAUGAAUGGUAUCGAUGCUGCCAUUCAUUCAAAACAUUCGGUUCAAACAUUUCCAGUGUCUGGUUCCCGACAAAUGGGCCGAACACCAGUGGUCGAUAUUAAUUCUGAACCAUUACCAUUAACAUUGCGUUUUAAUUCACAUUCAACAAGAAUUAAUCCAAUACAAAAACAUUUUAGCCAUGCUGGACAGAUAUUCAAACAUAAUACUAUUGAUGAACCGGAUGUUCUUAUACAGAAUAUUCGUAAACCAAUCAUUCAAGAAGUAAGAGAAAUUAUUACACCAUUUCGACAGGUUACACAAGAAGUUCGACCAGUUCGUGAACAAAUUCAAACACUUGUUGCACGUGGUCAAGAUGGUGGUUUUGGAAUGGGUGGUGGCAGUUCUGGUGGCGCUACUGGUGGUGGUGAUGAUGGUAAUUCUGGUGAUAAUAAUAAAUACGAAUCAAUGGAUAAAUAUGGUGGAUAUUAUAAAGAAUGAGAUGUAUCCAAAUUCCAAAAAAAAAACUUAUUUAUUCAUAUUUUCAUAAUUCAAAUGUUGUUUGUUUGUUUGUUUUCGUUACAUUUUUUAUCAUUGUCGACAACAUUCAUUUCACUUUUGUCUUUCGUCACAUUUUUAUGUAGUGUAAACAAAACGAUUCAAAAAAUGAUUCAAUCACAAAUCGAUCAAUCGAUCGAUUGA